UCCUGUGACUCACCGCGAGUAUAAAACAAGAUCCGAUGCUGCCACUACAACCAAUUUGCCUUCUAAGCACUGCAGAAGAAAGGAUACACUGUAACAGAUUCUACAAGACAUUUUUGUAAUUAUGUGUUCAUCAUUAUUAUUGAUGUUCUGCGUGGCGUUUUCGGCGCUGUCCAGCGCCAGAGGAGCCCCGACUCGCUCUGCUGAGGUGAAUUUCUCGAAGUGUAGAGCGCUGUCCAUCAAACUCAAUGAGAUGGCGAGAGAUUUAUACAACACGGUUGAGUCUCCAAACAUUUCAAGUAUCAUUGAUGACCCUCCAGUGUCUAUAAGACCGAUUGACACAUGUGACCCACUGAGCCUCCAAAGCAACAAAGAGACUUGUCAAUCAAGAAUUGUUCUCGCUCUGAAAAACUACACCAGGAUUUUCCACAAGAACGGUGUGUUUAAGAAUUCAGCUUGCAGUAAGUGGAGAGAGCGUGCCAACGAGAUCGCAGACGUUACCGGAGACCUGCUGCGCAUGCUUAAGGAACCAGCCAUCCACCAACCUCAGACAACAGUUAACACAAAUCACAACGCUCUGUGCCGGGACAGCGUGGAAAGGCUCUAUUCCUUUUCUAUCAUAUCUGCACGCGUCUUCUCAUUUCUGGCAUCCACAGAAGCUCCUAAAGUUGAGAUGAAACAGUGUUAGAUUGAGAGGAAGGAGACAGAUACAUGUCAGUCGUGAUCAUGUUGGUCGAAACCUUCAAACAGCUUUUGCUGCUUCUUCAAAGGUUCUCCUGUG